UAUUGGUUAAUUUAUCACAACGGCAACUGGGCCUGCCUGCAAGUAUUGAUCGCGUCUUGGGCUCUCGUCCGCAUCUACGCCAACACCACCCAUGCCGAUGCUUGGACAUUUACCGGUUUCUUUUCUUUGAAGAGUCGAAGCACUAAAGAGAUGCAGAAAUUGGGUGACUUCAAGCUGCCCCAGUUCUUCAAUUACCCGCCCUACUUCACUUUGCAGCCAGUGAGGGACACUCGAGAGAAGCAAGUACAGCUUUGGAAGGAACUUAUCCUUGAUUACUGUAGGACUCAAAAGAUAUUCGUGAUUGGACUGGAAGAAGAAUUUCCUCUGUUUUAAAAUCAUUUGAUCGAAAGAUCUCUCAAUAACGAAGCUAGAGAAGCAUUUCUAUCGGCUUUAGUGUCAGAAGGCCGUGCAGAAUGGUUAGACAGAGGACACAGAAAAUGCCUGAUUCUUUGGCACCGGAUUCAAGAUUGGGCUGACAUUCUCUUACAUUUUGUGAGAGAUAAUGGCUUUGAGGACAGUGUCAUGACUGUCGAGGAAAUACGCACAGGGGUUGAAUCUCGGGGAACAGAACUUCAUGGGAUAGAUCGCACAAUUUUGAUGCGAGCAUUGAAACUACUAGAACAUAAAGGGAAGCUUGCAAUCUUUAAGGGAACUUCAGCUGAUGAUGAAGGUGUGAAAUUCUCUGUGUAAUGCUUCAACAGUUGCUUCGAUAAGUCGCUUUUUACUUUCAAGAUAUUAUACAAAUAUAAUCAGACCAUACUGGCUGUCACUAUGUUUUUAUGGAUUUGAUCAUUGUCAUUUUCCUAUGUAUGAUGCUGUUGUUCGUUUUCUAUCAUUCUGGGCGGUCAGUGAUUAGUGAACAUUCUUUGCUUCCUCUGUUUUUUGGGAAGCGGUACCAAUUAAUGUGCAAUGUCAGGAGUGAUUUUGGUUUGAUUUGCCA